AUGGAGCGCCGCGCAGCCCUGCGCAGGUGCGCGGCGGACAUGAAAGCAGUAACCAUCGAGGCUGUUGAGGUGCGCACGGACGCUGAGCUGCGGUCGGUUCAAGCGCUCAUCAUUCCGGGCGGGGAGAGCACCACCAUGGCCAACCUCGCCCAACGAUGUGGACUGCUCGGCGCGCUGCAGGAGUUCGCAGCCUCUGGCCGGCCGGUGUGGGGGACGUGUGCUGGACUCAUUUUCCUCGCCAACAAGGCGCUAGGUCAGAAGUCAGGAGGGCAGGCGCUGCUGGGGGGGCUUGACUGCACUGUGCAUCGCAACUUCUUUGGCAGCCAGAUCAACAGCUUUGAGACUCUCCUUCCGUUCCCACACCACACCCUUCAAUCCACCUCUUCAGCAGCACCACCAUCAGAACCAUCAGCAUCACCAGCAGCACCACCCACACCUCCCCUGUCACACAUAUCCCUCCCUCACCCUUCUCCCGACGCUUUUCCCGCCUCUCCCUUUCGAGCUGUGUUCAUCCGAGCCCCGGCCAUCAUCCACACCGGCCCUGCUGUUGAGGUGCUGGCGGAAUACCCUCUUCCCAACCGUGCCUCUGCUGUCGCCGCACCUGCUGCCCCGGUCGCACCUGCAGGCGCUGGUUCGGCCGAGCCUGCAGCUGCUUCUUCGGCUGUGCCUGACCAGAGCGGCCAGGAGCUUUCCGAAGCAGAAAUUCUCGCGAAGUUGGACCGGGUGGCAGUGGCGGUGCGGCAGGGCAGGCUGUUAGCCACGGCAUUCCACCCAGAGCUCACAGCGGACCUCAGAUGGCACCGCUUGUUCCUUGAGAUGAUUCUCGACGCACUCCAGUCCUCCCCAGACCUGGCUGCCGUACCUGCGGCCCAAGCCUCUUCUGCAGGCUCGGCAGGCAAUUCCGGUGCCAGUAGUGUGCCGAAUGUGGACCCAGGUGACCUGCCAGUAUUUGGUUCGGCACCAGACCUGAAGAUUGAGCUCAAGCCCGUGCCUCAGUUGUAG